AUGGCCGGUGAACCUCAACAAAAACGUCGCAGACUUCCCUUCAAACCGCCCAGCCGCACCUCGAGUGCUGGUCCUUCCGCAGGAUCCUCAACGGCCGCGAAAGAUAAAGGGAAGACGAAGGAAACCACAACCAAGCCCUCGAAGCCUACAGCAGCCUCAUCAUCAGUGUCAAAAGCUCAACCGGCCGCUUCCAAACCAACAUCAGCUGCUAAGCGCACUCGAGAUGUCGUAGAGAACGUUUUACCAGCGACACCAUCCGAUUUCGCAACUGACUCCGAGUCCGAAGCAGGCGAUGUCGAGCGUCCUGUCUCCGAAGAACCGGAUUACAUCCUCGCGGAAAUUACACACCCAGCCCCGGAGGAGGAUAUCACGACCAGUGCACCACAAAUUAAUCCUAAACUCUUGACGGGGAUUUUCCACCACUUUUUCAAGAAUCAAAAGACUCGAAUUUCAAAGGAUGCCGAUGCUAUGAUGGCCAAGUAUAUGGAUCUUUUCGUGAGGGAGGCUAUUGCGCGUGGGAAACUCGAGAGAGAUCUUGUCAACGAGAGCAAGGGACGGAGUGGCCCUGCGGAUAAUUUUAUUGAGGUCGAGGACCUUGAAACAUUGGCCCCAUGGCUUGUUAUGGACUUUUAA